CUGUGGACCGCUGGGUGCACUGUGCUGCCUCUGCAGACAGAGCAGUCAUGGCGGACACCGAGAGCCUGGAGUGUGUAACGGAGCACGAACGCAUUUUACAGGAGAUAGAGAGCACGGAAACGGCCUGCGUCGGCCCUACUCUCCGGUCCAUUUAUGAUGACCAGCCCAAUGCCCACAAGCGUUUUAUGGAAAAGCUGGAUGCCCGGAUCCGAAACCAUGACCGGGAGAUUGAAAAGAUGUGCAACUUUCAUCACCAAGGUUUUGUGGAUGCCAUCACAGAACUGCUCAAAGUCCGUGCUGAUGCUGAGAAACUGUUGGGUCAAGUCAGAGACACCAAUCGAAGAUUGCAGGAAGCUGGAAGAGAGGUGACUGUUCAGACGGAAGAUGUGAUUCGCUGUCGUAUUCAGCAAAGAAACAUGGCCACCACUGUGGAGAAAAUGCAGCUCUGUAUUCCAGUUCUAGAAAUGUACAGUAAACUGAAGGAACAGCUGGAAGUCAAAAGGUAUUAUGCAGCACUGAAGACCAUGGAGCAGCUGGAGAAAGUUUACAUUCCCAGAGUGAGCCAAUACAGGUUCUGUCAAAUCAUGGCGGAGAAUCUGCCCAGACUCAGAGAGGAGAUCAAGGAGAUCUCCAUGUCAGACCUGAAGGACUUUCUAGAGAGCAUCAGAAAACACUCAGACAAAGUGGGAGAGACGGCAAUGAGACAGGCUCAGCAGCACAGGACGUUCAACAGUGCAGUGGCCAAACAGGCCAGCACAGGACACUACACGGGGCCCGCAUACUCCCUGAGUGCCCGCACACACCACACUCACAAUGGACAGAUGGAUGAGGAGAUGGAAGAAGAUGAGGAGGCAGAUGAAGAGAUCCUGACGGCUCAGGAGCUGGUUGACUUCUCUCCUGUCUACAGGUGUCUCCACAUAUACACUGUGCUGGGUGACAGGGAAACAUUUGAAAACUACUACAGAAAACAGAGGAAGAAACAAGCAAGGCUUGUCCUGCAGCCACAGGCCAAUAUGCAUGAAACAGUAGAAGGCUACAGAAGAUACUUCAAUCAGAUUGUUGGAUUUUUUGUGGUCGAGGACCAUAUCCUGAAUGCAACACGAGGCCUGGUGACCAAGGCUUUCACUGAUGAGCUGUGGAACAUGGCUCUCGCCAAAAUCAUCGCUGUGCUGCGCACACACUCUUCUUACUGUGAUGACCCAGACCUGGUUUUAGAGCUGAAGAACCUCAUUGUGAUCUUUGCGGACACACUCCAGGGUUAUGGGUUUCCAGUCACUCGCCUAUUCGACCUUCUGUUUGAGGUCCGAGAUCAGUACAAUGAGACUUUGUUGAAGAAAUGGGCUCUGGUCUUCCGAGAAAUCUUUGAGCUGGAUAAUUACAGCCCUAUCCCAGUCGAGACAGAGGAAGAAUACAAGUCUGUCAUCAGCCGCUUCCCCUUCCAUGACCCUGAGCUGGAGAAGCAGCAGGACUUUCCAAAGAAGCUCCCGAUGUCCCAGUCGGUGCCUCAGAUCUACUCCCAGGUUAAAGAGUUCAUCUAUGCGAGCCUUAAAUUUUCAGAGUCACUCCACCGAAGCUCAACUGAAAUUGAUGAUAUGUUGAGGAAGUCCACAAACCUACUAUUGACUAGAAUUCUGAGCAGCUGUCUACAGAACCUCAUUAAGAAGCCCCACAUCGGCCUGACUGAGCUGGUGCAGAUCAUCAUUAACAGCACUCACCUGGAGCAGGCCUGCAGGUAUUUAGAAGAGUUCAUCACCAACAUCACCAAUGUGUCCCCAGAGACGGUCCACACCACACGUCUCUACGGCCUUUCCACUUUCAAGGAUGCCCGUCAUGCAGCUGAGGGAGAGAUCUACACUAAACUGAACCAAAAGAUUGAUGAGUUUAUUCAGCUAGCAGACUACGACUGGGGCAUGGCUGAGUCUGAUGGCCGGGCAUCUGGAUACCUCAUGGACCUCAUCAAUUUCCUGCGCUCCACCUUCCAAGUUUUCACUCACCUGCCGGGUAAGGUGGCUCAGACAGCCUGCAUGUCAGCCUGUAAGCACCUCUCCACCUCCCUCAUGCAAAUGCUCCUGGACUCAGAGCUCAAGCAGGUCAGCAUGGGGGCCAUUCAGCAGUUCAAUCUGGAUGUCAUCCAAUGUGAAUUGUUUGCAAGCUCUGAGCCUGUUCCUGGAUUUCAAGGAGACACUCUGCAGCUGGCUUUCAUCGACUUGAGACAGCUCCUGGACCUGUUCAUGGUGUGGGACUGGUCGACGUAUCUGGCAGACUAUGGACAGCCCAACUCCAAAUACCUGCGUGUUAACCCAGCCACUGCCCUGGCCUUGCUGGAGAAGAUGAAGGACACCAGUAAGAAGAACAACAUCUUCUCUCAGUUCAGGAAGAAUGAUCGGGACAAGCAGAAGCUAAUAGAAACUGUGGUGAAGCAGCUGCGCAGCCUGGUCAACGGCAUGUCAUCCUGAACCUCCACAAACAGCCAACUGACCCACACUCUCUUUUCACUAUUAAACUGUCUGAGAGUAGGGUGAGGUAAGGUCCCAGAUUAGCAAUAUAUCAUGCCAUAAUUGAAAAACAUUGCAGAAAUACUUGUCAGAAUUUCAGAACUACUUAUAAAGUAUGUACAUUUGAAGUGUGCAAUAGCACAAACUCAAACUAAAAGAGAAUGGACUCUGCAUUUGUCCACUUGUUAAGUAAAGCCUUGAUAAUUGCCCAAAAUUGAGCAUUAUUUAUGACAGUGCUUGGUGUGCAUUAAUAAUAAUAUCACUAUCGGUAAAUGACUGAAAUGGUAAAUUCAAACAGCUGUUCAGACAUGUCAUCUGGAUCUGGGAACUGUCUGCGUUGUACAUCUGAGCCUGCUUUUACCUCACACGUAAAACUGUUUACGAGGAAGACUUCACCUCGGACUACACACUAAACUGGGACUUGCACAAAUGCUCAGAAGCCCCUGGCACAGGCCCAUCUAUGCUCAACAAACACUAGCCCUGUGCUUUAACAGAUAAUACUGACAAAUGUAAAAUAUGUGUGACCAUUCUGCUUGUUGUGUCGUGAAUCAGAAAGACAACCACAAGAACUGUCCUGACUCAGAUAUACUUUAAAAUGUGUUCUCCAUGGAGAUGAGUGGAUUCAGGCCUACAACUCUACAAGGGAAGGUAUCCAACAUGAGACAUAUGCCUUUGUUUAUCCCACUUAUGUUUAUAUAUUUAAUUUUAUAUUGUUUGUUUCUGUCUCUGGUGCAAAGGUUGAGUAGAGUAUGAGCCAUCCCAGUACAGAUUACUGUAAGUGGAAUUAUGAGUGAACUAUGACGUUUGUCAAGACUGAUGUUCACAGCAGGAUUUUAUUCUAUAUUUUUUGCUUUAUCUCAUGGGCAUUCAUAUAGUAGAUGGUGAAUGUUAAGUGUAUGAAAAAGCUCCAUUUGGGCUGUGCACAUACAGUCAGACUGAGCAUGUCACAACAUCAUUGGUCCCUCUCAGUAACGUGUAAGCCUAUCAUCAGUGUAUCAGCUAUUACUUAGAAGGGGAAUGACUGGGACAGUGUCACCAGUUAUUAAACACCUGUUUUAAAGCAGAAGCUUGAUGUUCAGAGAACAUCCCAAAUAUAGCUAUAUAUAUAGUAUAUAUUUAAAUGUUUAUCAAAUUAUUUUUAUUUCUGUUUUUUUUGUUUUUUGUUUUUGUUUUGUUUCUCAGGGUGAACUGAAGCUUUAGUCUUGAAUCCAUAAAUCCACAGAGCACAGCAAUAAUGCCUGUAUCCUAUUGGCUGUUCUAAAUCAAAACCCACACUAGUUAAGACUGUUUUCAUUUUUGGAAAAAAUUGCACUGAGAAUUUUGUUUCAGUUGGAUUUAUUUUAGCAUUGUUAAUAUUCCCUGUAAAUUGCAUGUAAAUAAUGCAUAUUUUAUAAAAUACAAAAAUGA